CCAUCCUACCACACAGAGGAAGCUGUGAAGCAGGGCAAUCUGGGAUAUGGAGUACUUUCCCGAGGCACAGUGGUAUGCCUAUUUGCGAGGACGUGAGAGAGGAAAGUCCUAACCCGAGACUACUGGAAAAAAUGAAGAGCAGCUUUCCGUGUCGUAUAGCUUUUGGUUUUAGGUUAGGACACAGUGUUGGACUCGUCCUGACGGUUCAGUGCCGUUUUGAACGUUGACGCUGAGGGAAAGUUGGGAGGAGUUUAAAAAUUCAAAGACGGGAAGAGCAGCUCUCUUCGUGCUGAGCAGUGUUAUCUUUACGGGGCAUAAACGGACGGACGGGCUUCAGCCGAGCUCGAACAGGUUUUGCCGGGGCUAGUUUUCGCCUCAAAGCUGAAUUAGUGCAGGGUGGGGUCUCUCCCAGAAGCAGGAAUGUAACACGGCGCGGACGCAGUCGGUGGAGAGGGGAAAAGGAGUAGUUCCACAGGGCAGAUAAAGUUGCUCAAACCGCCUUGUUAAAGACUCUAAGAUUGUGCCCUCGGUUCCAUCAUGGCCCAUCGUUCUCAGUGUUCUUCAGUGGGGGAUAACCCUCUGGAUCCCAAUUAUUUGCCACCACAUUAUAGGGAGGAGUACAGACUGGCUAUAGAUGCUCUGGUGGAGAACAACGUUGAUGGAUACUAUAACUUCCUGCAAAAUGCUAACGUUGUUGACUUCCUGUCAAGGCCAGAGAUUGAGCAUAUUAAAAAUACUGUGCAAUUGCCACAGAGUGUUGCAUCUGUACCAGAGCUGCCUUAUCGUGAACUGGAUCAGGAGGGAUCAUCAGAUACUUACUGGCCAUUACACUCUGACUUAGAUGCACCAGGUUUGGAUCUAGGUUGGCCACUGCGGCAACACAGUUUUGUAGGACCUACUGAGGUCACAACACUGGUAAACCCCUCAGACCCUGAAAUGCCCAGCAUCAAGGAGCAAGCCCGACGGCUUAUCAAAAACGCCCAGCAGGUCAUUGCAGUGGUAAUGGAUAUGUUUACAGAUGUUGAUAUCUUUGCUGAUCUGCUUGAUGCUGCUGCACGUCAUGUGCCUAUUUAUAUUCUUCUGGAUGAACAAAAUGCUCAUCACUUUAUUGCCAUGGUGACCAGCUAUAAGGUUAACUUGGAUAUGAUUCAUAUGAUGCGGGUGAGGACUGUGGCUGGCAUCACAUAUUUUUGUCGCACAGGGAAGUCAUUUAAAGGACAGGUGAUGGAUCGUUUCCUUCUAGUUGAUUGCAGAGCAGUACUCAGCGGAAACUACAGUUUCAUGUGGUCUUUUGAAAAGAUACACCGCUGCAUAGCUCACCUCUUUCUUGGAGAACUUGUGGCCACUUUUGAUGAGGAGUUCCGUAUUCUCUUUGCACAGUCACAGCCCCUUGUUGUUGAAAAUGCUUUAGUACCUAUGCCAACGGAUAGCACUAGUAGUUACUUAACCAAUCAGUUUGGGUUAAAAAGGACACAGUCACUGAGGAAUCCCAUAGGAUUUCUUCGCCAGUCUGAGCUUUCGGCAUACUCAUUUGGAGAUCGCGUUGAUGCUGCAUUGCCAUUCCGAAGGGAUGACCAGUUCCGCCAUACCAUUGAUCCUGGAGGUGCUGCUAUGCAGGUCAGCAAAUUUGCUUCACAUCAGUUCAGAAUGCAGCAGUCUUUCUUGGAGCAAGGCCGGUCAAUGAUUGCUUCACGACAACUAGAGACGAAUGCCUAUAAAAGGCACAGCUAUGCUGAAGGUACCCGUGAGAGCUACUCAUCUUCUCGACAAUACAUGAAACACCGUGUCAUGAACAACUUAGAGGAGAUGGAAGCACACUACCAGAGAGAUCAACAUAUCUAUCAAGGUGAGGGUACAGGACCAGAACCUGGGCAUGGACGAUAUGAUCCCCUUCGGGGCUAUGGUCUUCCUCAGUUAGAUCAAUACUCUGACCCUAUGUAUCCACCUGAAUUAGAACCACCAGGAAGUCACAACAUAUUAUCCUCCGAAGACCUCAGACAUGAUCCAGGAAACAAGCAUCAAGUUAUGGCUCACUAUGGACCACCAAACCAGAAAAGGCCCACUUUAGGCCAAGCGUAUGCUUGUCAGAGCUCACCGACUCAACUCCAUCCUCCAGACCACAAACAAAUGUUCUCCACUGGAGAGCAGGGAAAACAAUCCCAAGACCCCAGUUUGAAGCAGGGAUUACGGAGCUGGAGAAUCAAUUCCUACCUUAGUGCUUAUGAAGAUGCUGGGGAAGAGGGCUUACAACAGCCUAUGAGCACAGAUGCUUUUGAAGAGCCACAACAGCAGGCUGAAAGCAGACAAUACCUUCCAGAGGUACCAGGGAUUCACAUCAGCUCACGUGAAUUGACUAAUAUUCAAAGUAAACCUAAACUUGAUUUUCAGCCUCGCUUUGGUAAACCAGUUUUGCCAGAGAGGGACAAAGAAAGAGAUGUUAGCGCUGGAACAGAUUCUCAAAUGAAACCUGCUAUUUCAGCUACAUCACUGACAUCAGUAGGAACAGAUAGUGAAAAGGAGACAGAUACAAAGGAACCAAGGGAAAUUAGCAUCACCAAGCAUGAAUCAUUCAGAAGCCGUAUCAAUCCAAUGCUGCAAAGGAGCUCACGGCUACGGUCCUCCCUUAUCUUCAGUUCCUCUAAGCUAGAGCAACACAGCUCCACACUGGUUAAGCCUGGAGGGAAGCUACAAGAGGAUGACGAAAACAAUUCGAUCAGAACUUCUUCAAUUGUAGCAGAGAUUUUGGAAAAAAGAAGGUCACUAUCUAGAGAGCCUUUUGAUUGGAAUAAGCAUAAAAAGAUAGAUGAAAAUGUCAGUAAAGGCUUGGUAGCAGGAGAGCUUACUUGUAAACCAGAGGAAGAACCUGCCAGUGACACAAAAGACAAUGUGGUGGAACCUAAGGAUCCUGUAUUUGUGGACCGUGACAGUACACUGCAAACAGAGCCUUCCAUGCCAAAACUGACAACCCUCUCUCUGAAUGUGAAUGAUCCAGCAAGCCGACUUCAGUACUUCAAAGAACUUUCUGCAAAGAGAGGGGACUCAAAAACAGGAUCAGAGUCGGUCAUCAAAAGUCAAGAGCUGCCGCCAAAAAAGCCAGACGUAUCUGAUACCCCACCAAGUACAACAGCCACAGUUACAGCUGUAUCUGUUUCCUUUGCAGAACCCACCCCAACAACAUCUGUCAUGAAAACAGAUCCUGCUGCAAAGCCCCCAGUCAUCACAACAAAAUCUAAACCAUCUGAGCUCAGUGUAGACAAACUACACAGCGAUGAGUCCACAGAAGCAGCAAAGAAAGAGACAACUAAGGAACCAAAGUCGCUAAAGCCUUUUCCUUCACCAAAGUUCUUUAAAAAAGAUACACUGAAACCUUUCAAAGCUUCUCAUUCACGUCGCACCUCAUGUGGUGAAGAUCUUCUCACAGAUGCAACAGAUGCUGAAAAGAGUGAACUUAAGAAGUCACGAAGCCUCAGCUCAUCAAGCAUGACACGCACAGAGUCCAAAGAAAGUUUAAAUCGACACAGUUCCAACACAUCCCUCAACACUGUAGGCACAGAAGGCAAAGACACUAAGGCUCUUGAUUUCCUCAAGAAGCAAACACAGAGACUAAAGGGCAUUCUUGGGCCCAAAGGAGAUAAAAAGAAUGCAGGCAUUUCGAGCACUGUAGAGGACAAGCAAAUGAAAACGGUUCCAGAAAUGGUGGAGGAGCCUUCACCCAAAGGGAAAGAAACAGAGCCUGAAGUGAUGUCAACAUCAACUGCUGAAAAUCCCAAACCUAUAAAUAAACCCAGCCAAUCUCGCUAUCAGUCUUCUACCUCGACUGUGCUAUUCAGCAGCAACCUCAGGGAUGACACUAAGGUAAUCCUUGAGCAGAUUUCUGCAAACAGCCAGAAGAACCGACAGGAACUGACCAAGCAGGCUGAAGAGUGUCGAAGUGGUGAAGGAGAAAAUGGAGAUCAUGUUUCUGACCGUGACUCAGCCCAGCAAUACCAGAGCCGGAACCGGUUUGGCCGAACUCCGGUCAACCCUCAGGAGCGAGACAGUCUGCUGAAAAGAAUAGAGAGUAUGCGCAAGGAGAAGAAGGUCUACAGUCGCUUUGAGAUGGGGAAUAACCUUGGAUAACAAAACUUGGCGGAGGGACAUACAGUCUGCGAAAAGAUCUGAGACCUCACAAAACUGCCAGUCACUGAUGUGAAAAAGACAUAAAACGCAUAAACAGACCAAGGAAACUGCACAACCUCAAAUAUGAGGAGUCUCACUGAAGCAGGAGGAAUAUUCCUCAGACUGUGCCAAUCUGAGCCCACAGUCAACUCACUCUGCCCUUAUAAGGCAUCAGCACGCAUUGCCUUAUAAUAGAAUCAAACCUUACCCUGCUGGAUAGACCAACACACAACAACAGGCCAAACAAGUGUUAGAAUGUUGAGAGGCUGCUCCUAACUGCACUUUUUUUACUGGACCAAUUCUUCCUUGGAGAUGUUUGUUUAUAUGGUAUGUGCAUUUGUCAGAACUCUGUGUUAGUGAGUUGUCAAUAUUGCGCCAUUCUCAAGUGUGGUAAAGUGAACCGACAUGCCUAGACAGAAGUUUAAGCAUGGCAUGCAAGAAACAGAAAAUUAUACACUCUCCAAGUCAUGUCACACUGCAACCACACCUGUGGUUUAGCUGUGCCAAUGGAAUACGGAGAUUAAAGAGACAGGGUUGGUUAAAAAACCAGAGUUGGUUUAGAACAAAACAUCAAUUUGAGUGAAACUAAACAACGUUAGAAUGUAGAGUUGGAUGGUAUGAGAGAGGUAGAACAGACUGGGUGUGAGUGGAAAAUGUCAAAGCAACAGACUGACAGAAUGAGGAACAGGAAAAUGUGUGGGACAAAGAAAGUAGUUUUAAGGUUUGUUAACAACUAUGAAGGUCAAUAUUAAGAUGGAAUUCAAGAGUGUGUUCAUAAAUAAAGCUAAUGUAGGAGAGACAUGUUCUUACCCUCAAAUUCAACAAAAUUUAAGAAACAUGACAUUUACAGCUGGAGCAUUCAGGACCUACAUCAUGCUCCAUAAGUACUUGGACAGUGAAGUAAUUAAUAAUUCAUUUUAGGAUUAUAACACUUUUUGACUUUACUGUCAUAGUACUCAUAGAGGAUGUAGGAUUAGACGUUAACAUUCAAAGUUAACUAUGUCAUUACAAAGAGAUUUUGUAAAGGAUGGCUAGUUGGUAAAUACUCUCAGGACUGGGCUUAGGCUCUAUUAUUUCAGUGCAAAGCUAUAAUUAUAGUACCAGACAGACUGGUAUUACUUAAGACCAAAGAACUCUCAGAGUAUCCAACCAGUUGCUGUAAUACAUUAAAUAUUUGACUAAGAAGUAUGAUCAAAUUUGAUUACUUUUAAUAUGUUGAUUACUGAUGUGAGAAGAGUGAGACAGUUUUGUCAUCUUUGAAGAACUUUGGAGAAAUUCAGUCAAACAUUCAGUACAUUUUGUAUUAUAUCAACAAAUAAAAACAAUUCUGAAUAGA